CGGAGGAUACGGAUGGGGAUCGAAUCGGUGGCGGUUGAGCUGUUGCAGGUGCCGUUAUGUGAGCAAAGCCUUUGGUAGUAGUCGGUGUAAUGAGUGGACGGCAAAGAACGCUUUUCCAGACGUGGGGCUCAAGCGUCUUCCGAUCUGUCGAUGCCUCGAGUCGUAGAUCCGGAACUGAGCGGCCUAAAAGCCCUGGCAGCUCCGGGUCGCGUUUCCCUGCGCCGGCAGAGGCUGUAGACGCUUGUCCAGAGUCGGACGAUGAUGUUUUUCUGGUCGCGGUAUAUGAGGCUGAACACCAGCUGAAGCUAGAGGAUGGCGGGUUCUGCAAGUCCGCAGGCUCCCUGUGGAUUUACCCAACCAACAGCCCAGUGCGGGACUACCAGCUGCACAUCGCCCGGACCGCUCUGUUCUGCAACACGCUGGUCUGUCUGCCCACCGGACUGGGCAAGACAUUUAUUGCCGCCGUGGUCAUGUACAAUUUCUACCGCUGGUUCCCUUCUGGCAAGGUGGUCUUCAUGGCUCCCACUAAACCCCUGGUGGCACAGCAGAUCGAGGCUUGCUACCGGGUGAUGGGUAUCCCGCAGUCCCACAUGGCCGAAAUGACAGGAUCUACUCAAGCUUUCAUCAGGAAGGAAAUAUGGCACAAUAAGAGAGUCCUUUUUCUUACACCUCAGGUCAUGGUAAAUGACCUUUCUAGAGGAGCUUGUCCUGCUGCUAAAAUAAAGUGUCUAGUUAUUGAUGAAGCUCAUAAAGCCCUUGGAAACUAUGCUUAUUGUCAGGUUGUAAGGGAACUAACCAAAUAUACAAAUCACUUUAGAAUCUUGGCCCUCAGUGCCACCCCAGGUAGUGAUAUAAAGGCUGUACAGCAGGUUAUUACUAACCUACUAAUUGGGAAGAUAGAGCUUCGUUCUGAAGAUUCUCCAGAUAUUUUGCCAUACUCUCAUGAAAGACGAGUUGAAAAGCUUGUUGUUCCCCUUGGUGAAGAACUUAGAGCCAUCCAGAAGGCAUAUAUCCAAAUUUUGGAAGCAUUUGCCAGUUCUUUGAUUCAGAGGAAUGUUUUGAUGAGAAAAGAUAUCCCCAGCCUUACAAAAUAUCAGCUAAUUCUGGCAAGAGAUCAAUUUAGGAAAAACCCAUCUCCAGAUAUUGUGGGAAUACAACAAGGAAUAAUUGAGGGAGAGUUUGCUAUUUGUAUUAGUUUAUAUCAUGGUUAUGAAUUAUUACAGCAAAUGGGAAUGAGAUCAUUAUAUUUAUUCCUUUGUGGAAUUAUGGAUGGAGCUAAAGGAAUGACUCGGGCAAAAAAUCAGCUUAGAGGAAAUGAAGACUUCAUGAAACUCUAUAAUCAUCUAGAGUGCACGUUUGCACAUACACGUAGUACUUCAGCAAGUGGUGUUUCUGCCAUCCAGAAAGGAGAUAAAGAUGUGAAAUAUUUCUAUAGUCAUCCAAAGCUAAAGAAAUUAGAAGAAGUUGUAGUUGAACACUUCAGGUUGUGGAAUGCUCGAAACACCUCUGAAAAGAAAAGUGACGAGACCAGAGUUAUGAUCUUCUCAUCAUUUCGAGAUAGUGUUCAAGAAAUUGCAGAAAUGCUUUUUCAACAUCAGCCGAUUAUUAGAGUAAUGACCUUUGUUGGCCAUUCUUCAGGGAAAAGCAUGAAGGGUUUUACCCAGAAGGAGCAACUGGAGGUAGUGAAACAAUUUCGUGAUGGUGGUUAUAACACAUUGGUUUCUACUUGUGUUGGUGAAGAAGGCUUGGAUAUAGGGGAAGUUGAUCUUAUAAUAUGUUUUGAUGCCCAGAAAAGCCCAAUUCGUCUUGUACAACGAAUGGGUAGAACUGGCCGCAAACGUCAAGGCAGGAUUGUUGUUAUCCUUGCUGAAGGACGAGAAGAACGUACUUAUAAUCAAAGUCAGUCCAACAAAAGAAGUAUUUAUAAAGCUAUUUCAGGUAACAGGCAAGUCCUUCAUUUUUACCAAGGAAGCCCACGUAUGGUUCCUGAUGGAAUAAUACCAGAAUUACACAAAAUGUUCAUCACACAUGAUAUGUAUGAACCAGAGAAUGCUUCUUGGAACUUGAAGCGUAAGUCAACCAUCUUUUCCCCCAUGUUCCAAAAUGGGAUGAAGCAUAAUAACUCAAAGAAAGAUUGGUCCUUAUCAGAAGAUGAAUUUAAAUUAUGGAACAGACUUUAUAGGUUAAGAGACAGUGAUGAAAUUAAGGAGAUAACAUUGCCUCAAGUUCAUUUUCCAUCUUUAGAAAAUGAGGAACUCAGACCGACUCGAGAACCAGCCAUUGGAACUCAUCAGCUCUCUCUCUCCGAAUGGAGAGUGUGGCAGGAUCAUUCUCUUCCUACCCAUCAAGUUGACCAUUCAGAUAGAUGCUACCAUUUUAUAAGCAUUAUGCAAAUGAUAGAAGGAAUAAGACAUGAAGAGGAAGAAUGUAGCUAUGAACUAGAAAUUCAAUCUUAUUUACAAAUGGAAGAUGUUAGCUCAAUAUAUACUGUUUCCAGGAAUGAAUGUAAUCCUCUUGCUGAUGGCAUCUUUACUAAUAACAAGAAAUCUUCAUUUACAAAUAAUGUAAAUCAAGGCAGUUCAACCUUAGUGACAGAAUAUGAUAAAGAAUGUGCUGAAAUUUUUAAACAGUCUCAUAUCAAACUGACUGAAAUUAUUUCUCUGAAGAACGGAACUUCUAGAGAAAUGAUAAAAGAUCAACCUGAAAAAGAAAAUGCUGGUGUUGUGGAUUCUUUACAUACCAAAGGAAAUUCUGCUGCUGCAUACACUCUUCUGGUGGACCUACCAAGUGAUAAAAUGGCAUCAGAUAAAGAUGACAUUUCUGCCACAUGUACUACCAAUGAAAAUAUUGUUAAUCAGCCAACAGAAUGUCAGUUUACAAAAUCUUCCAAUUCAUUUGCUGGAAAUUUUUUAGAUUCUGGCUAUAACAGUUUUAAUGAUGAAAUGUCUAGCUUAUUUCUUCCAUUUGAAGAAGAACUUUAUUUAGCUAGAACAGAUGAUCAGUUUUGUAAUUGUCACCCAUUGACAAAAGAGAUACUAGCUAACGUAGAACAAUUUUUAUCUCGUUCUCCUCCGCCUCUCAGUGGACUCUUAGAUUUGGAAUAUGAAAUUACAAAGAGUUCUAUACUUGAGAAUUCAUUUUUCCUACCCUACACAGAGCAUUUACAAAAUGACAAAUCCAACCGUUUACUGUCACAUUUAUUAAACUUACCCACUUUUAAUAUUAAUCACCUUUCUGAAAUAAGUUGCUUUUAUGGUACAAAUGAUAAAGUUCGUGGUGAGUCGAGCUGCUGUGACGAUGAUGAAGUGCAUAAAGAUAUUCAAGGUGAAAAUUUAGUACCUAAUAAUCAUGUUCAAAUAAACACAAGGCCUUUAGUUAGGCAAAAAACUCCUGAUGUUGAGAACAGUGGCCUCCCAGUAUUGUCCACUGAUCAGGAUGAGAGCUUACUAUUGUUUGAAGAUGUUAGUACAGAAUUUAAUGAUGGGAGCCUUUCUCCCUUAAACAGUAAAUGCAAACCUUUAUGUGUGUCAGACAAAACUGCUGAAAGUGAAAUCUCUCAGUUCUUAAUUUCUGAUGAACUUUUGUUAGAUGAUAAUUCUGAACCCCAGGAUCAGAUCAUUCAUGAUACUAAUAAUUGCGGAUUUCGUGAUGGUUUGAGAGGUGUACACAAGGAAAAACUGAAGAUUGAUGAAUAUGUUUUUGACUGCUCUAAGGAUUUAUUCUCUGUUACCUUUGAUUUAGGAUUUUGUAGUCAAGAUUCUAAUGAUGAAAUGUUAGAACAUUCAUCAGAUAAAAAUAGACUUCCAAAUGAUCUAUCUGGAGGAUAUUUACAUGCUAAGGAGAUAAGUGAUGCAAAUUAUGUUUCAAAUCAAGCAUUAAUACCAGGAGAUAAUGUUGAAAGUUUUGUGAGUAGAACUAUUACUAUCCCAUCAAGUGACGAUAAGCCGAGUCCAAUUUCUGCACUUUUCCGCCUGGAUGUAGCAGAAAAUAAAAAUAAAGAAUUUACAUCUCCUGGUUAUUCUCAGUUUUCUUUGCCAGUAGGAGAGAAAGCUAUGAGUACACCACUUUCUAAAUCAAACACAUUUAAUUCAUUCUCUAAGAUGAGAGAGGAAAUGCUUAAGACUCCAGGGUCUAAUGAAAAAAAAGUAAAACUGCAGAGUUUCAAAGAAAUAUUGAAUUCAACUUUUGAUUCAGGACUAUCUCCAGUAAAAGCAAAAAGAAGUGAACAAAUCAGUCUGCAUCCAUCAAGUCCUUAUUCUAUUGAAGAUGAACAUUUAUUUACAAGCAGUGAAAGUGACAAUGAUGAAAUUUUCCAAAGAAAAAGUAAGAAAACAAAAAGAAAUGUUUUAAAAUCCCCUGAGGAUCAGAAAAAUAGUGAAGUUGAUUCUCCACUUCAUGCUGUCAAGAAGCGCAGAGUUCCUCCAAACAGGUCAGAAUUAUCAUCUAGUGACGAGAGUGAGAAUAUUCACAAACUACAUCCAGAUUUAGAAGACUUCAAGGGUCAUAAUGGGAUUGUCAAAAGAGGUGUGAAAGUCCAAAAAAGACACAGCCACCUAAAGCAUAUUGCCAGGCAGUUUUUAGAUGAUGAAGCAGAGCUGUCUCAAGAAGAUGCAGAAUGUGCUUCAUCAGAUGAAAAUGAGUCAGAAAAUGAACAAGAUUCCUCCUUACUGGGCUUCUUAAAUGAUGAGACUCAACUUUCACAGGCUAUUAAUGAUUCUGAAAUGGAAGCUGUUUAUGUGAAAUCUUUACACAGUUCAUCGAUGAGCAAUCAGUACAAAAUGGGCCAUAGAAGACAUAACAAUAUAAACAUUUUCUCACAGAUUCCUGAGCAAGAUGAAACCUAUUUGGAGGACAGUUUUUGUGUUGAUGAACAGGAAUCUUACAAAAGCCAAUCAAGUGAAGAAGAAAUCUGUGUUGAUUUUAACUUAAUAACUGAAGAUUGCUUUGUAAAUGGGAGUAAAAAAUAUAAAACCCGACGUGCAGUAAAACAAAUGAAGUUACGACAAAAUUGUGCACCUUCUAAAAAGAAAUUCUCCAGAAUUAUUUUACCAGAUGAUUCAAGUGAGGAGGAAAAUAACGUAAAUGAUAAAAGAGAUUCCAAUAUUGUGGUUAACACAAACACUGUUAAGAAGAAUGAACAACAGGACUAUUGUUUGAAUUUAGUACCUUUCCAGUCUAAGGUCCAUUCUAAUCCAAAUGUUAGUCAGUCACCCAAGCAGAGACAACAGGCACCACUUAAUCUAAAGGAUACAAAUUCAGACGUUUUGGACUUCAAACCUCAGAGCCAUAAUAAAAUUGGAUCAGUUACACCAUCUUUCACUACUGAUGAUUCACAGAAAGACUAUGGAAAAUUUCCAGUUCAGCUGAAGGUUGGUAGUACUCUGAAGGAUUCUAGCACUUCAGCGGCAUAUUGUUCCAAUUCAAGAUAUUUGACUGGGACUCAUACGUCUCUUAGACUUCCACAGAAAGGAAAAAGAACUUGUAUUCUUGUAGAUAAUCGUGAAAUCACUUCUGGUUCAGAAGUAAUUUCUACCCUACGAGCAGUUCAUGGGUUAGAAGUAGAAGUUUGUCCCCUUAAUGGUUGUGAUUACAUAGUGAGUAACCGCAUGGUAGUGGAAAGGAAGUCUCAAUCUGAAAUGUUAAAUAUCAGUAGGAAUAAGCUCAUUGACCACAUCCAGCACCUGCAGAGCAUGUUUGAAAGAAUAUGUAUGAUCGUGGAAAAGGACAGAGAAAAAAUAGGAGAUACCUCAAGGAUGUUUAGGAGAACAAAGAACUAUGAUAGCCUGCUGACUGCCUUAAUUAGUGCUGGAAUCCGAAUUCUUUUCAGUUCCUGUCAAGAAGAAACCGCAGAUUUGCUAAAGGAACUGUCUUUAGUGGAACAACGAAAGAAUGUUGGUAUACAUGUCCCAACACUAGUGAAUAGUAAUAAAUGGGACACGCUUCAGUUUUAUCUAAGUAUUCCCCAUGUAAGCUAUAUAACUGCGUUAAAUAUGUGCCACCAGUUCUCAUCUGUGAAAAAAAUGGCUAACAGCUCAUCUCAAGAAAUCUCCAUGUAUGCACAUGUAUCUCAUGAAAAGGCUGAGGAGAUCUAUAACUAUAUUCACUAUGUAUUUGACAUGCAGAUGUUACCGAAGUCUUAA